UCCAAGAACAUGAAAAUGGUUUUGUCGCAGAGGCAGCGCGAGGAACUCAACCAAGCGAUUGCCGAUUAUCUAGGCAGUAGUGGCUAUUCUGAGUCUUUAGAUGCAUUCCGCAAAGAAGCUGAUGUUUCUACAGAAAACGAAAAAAAAUUCAGCGGACUGUUGGAAAAAAAAUGGACUUCUGUUAUUCGAUUGCAAAAAAAGGUUAUGGAGUUAGAAGCGAAAUUAUCAGAAGCUGAGAAGGAGGUUAUUGAAGGAGCUCCUACAAAAGCAAAACGAAGCCCUGGGGAAUGGAUACCACGUCCUCCAGAAAAAUUUUCUUUAACUGGACAUCGUGCAAGCAUUACACGGGUGGUAUUUCACCCAAUUUUUGGAUUGAUGGUUUCAUCAUCUGAAGACGCUACUAUAAAAAUUUGGGACUUCGAAACUGGAGAAUAUGAACGCACUUUAAAAGGCCACACCGACUCUGUGCAAGAUGUAGCAUUUGACGCUCAAGGAAAGCUGUUGGAUUUGUAUUAAUUAAGCUAUCUGUCU